UGAUUUAGGUCGUUUUUUUUCAAGUAUCCACAUUUGUAUAAUCGCCUAGCAAAAAAAAACUGGAAUAUCCCUAGUCCGCCAAAUUAAAAGUCAAUCAGCCAAAUACACACUACGUGGUUAAUUGAACGGUAGCUGCGUAGACUGGUGUUUUUUGUACAUCGCUGUACUUGUAAAAGGCAGGCAUAAUGAUAAUAUGACCUUAAUAUCAUGGAAAACAAACGUUUUAUCAGCGGGGUAUAUAGGGUCGCGUCAUGUGGGCAUUACAGUACAUAUCAUUCGUGUCUGAAAGAUAKAAUCGCUACUUCUUUGCAAAGUAUUCAACAUCGAGAUACCUUGGUUAAGCCCAGCUCUCUGAGACUGCAUGUAAUCUCACUAUAGAGAAGAAUGCGUUAUCUGAYAAAGCUAUCUAAUGAUGUGUCUUUAUUUGGACAAAGUAUCCGUCUAUUGAUUAACAACCUUGGGAUAUUGUAUAAGAGCUAGAAACAAUUAUAAAGAAGAAUAAAGAGCCUUCUGCAUAAAAAAAGACACUAUGGAGAUACAACAAAGAUGGAUAUCGUAUGGAAUGUUAAUUGUGGUUUUUGUGGCAAACAUUGAAACUAAAAUACAAGAGUUUGAYCUCAUCAAAAGCUUUGAAGUCAAUGCUGGUAUAAGAGGCGUUGGAAAAGUKAAUGGAUAUAAAAAAGAGAAAAACGAUGCUUUCAAAUUCGAUAGAAGUCUUGCUAAACUACACAAGGGUCCAGAGUUUGUCAGAGAUUUGGUACAUGCGAGCCGUAAAGCACGUAGUUUUAUAGUAACUGCAAAUGUUAAACUGGACCGAGAUUCUUAUGGGACGCUGUUCUCAUUGGAAAAACAAAAAGAAGGACAGAUGAUUUUCACUGCCCUGUUUAGCUGCUUUAGUACGUGUAGACUUGCUGUGUACUAUCCACAAGGCGACAUAUCAAAGCCAAUCUACUUUAAUAUCAAGCCACACUUAUCAAAUGGACAGUGGCACAAAAUGGUGAUMCAUUUUCACCAAAACAAAAAAGGCAAAAAUAUUGUUGCCCUUUAUGUAGACUGYACACAAAUGGGCAAGCAAAAGAUACCSUUAGCAAUACCRGAUCUMUUUYCUCAAGAGACGGAGGAAACGAAAUAUAUUCUCCGAUUUGCUCAAAGAGGAACRAGCUUUUCUGUAUAUAUUCCAUGGAGGGGAAGUCUUCAAAAUGUGUUCUUUAUCUUUGGUGCGCAUGUGCAUCCAUUCAUUGAGCCAGCGGCAUGCAAAGACAAAUCCUUCAAGGAAAUCCUGGAAAAAUUAAAGGCAAAACGCAUUGAAGAACAGAAUCACAAACAAAAACAGAAACCAGUUCCACCCACAGAAAAGAUAGCGACUGAAAGAGAAACCUCCCCCAGUCGAUCUAACAAAGAGGACGAAGCUGCGAAGCUCCCAUAUUUGGUUCGAGAUCGGUUCACUCCAACAACACACCAGGCAACCCCGAAAGAUGAGAGUGGAUUUCGUUUUGUAGAUUCAGGGAGAUCACGUUAUGGAGCCGUCGAUGAGACCCUUGUGCUAUCUAGCAAUGAAGAAAAACUCGAUUACCUGGUGUCUAUAAUAAGAGAUAUGAAAAAAGAGCAGCGGACCAGAGAAUCAUCACUGAGGAGGACUAUAGAGAUGCUACGAAUUGAUCUCAAUUCACAGUCGAACGAAGUUGAUCAUGUCCGCCAGUUCUUAGAACAAGGAGGAGGGUGCCGUGCAGGUAGCUUGGACCGGAAGAUCUUCCGACCUGGGAAUAUCAACAAAAAGGAAAAAAAAGAGAAACCUAAAAAUGGAAAAUGCUCCAAAAAUCCGUGCUAUCCAGACGUUGAAUGCAUUGAGACCCCUGGCAUUGGUCUUGGCUUCCAAUGCGGUCCUUGUCCACUUGGAUUUACUGGAAAUGGUCUUCGUUGUGAAGAUUUAAAUGAGUGUGAUUUCUACCCUUGUUCUCCUUUGACYCGAUGCAUCAACAGAAGACCUAGUUACCAGUGCACUCCAUGUCCUAAAGGAUACAUAGGAAAUGCAACAGUAGGAGUCGGUGUUAGAAUGGCUAAAAACAACAAACAGGUUUGUGAGGACAUCAACGAAUGUKCGUACGACAAUGGCGGAUGCUCAAAACAUUCAACCUGUAUUAAUACUGAGGGGAGUUAUCGCUGUGGACCAUGUCAUGAAGGCUAUGACGGUGACUCAUACAAAGAGUGCAAACGGGUCCUAUUCUGUUCAGGUGCUCCCAGAGCAAACCCUUGUGGUUCAAUGGCGACAUGUAUCCCAAGAAAUAAAGGCCGGAAUUACGAAUGUGAGUGUCGUAAAGGCUACGCAGGAGAUGGGGUACUGUGUGGACCAGACAAAGACAUGGAUGGGUAUCCUGAUAAAGAUCUUGAAUGUCAUACUCCACAUUGUAAGAAGGACAACUGCCCAUCCAUCCCAAACAGUGGACAAGACAACGUCGAYGGUGACUCUUACGGCGACCGAUGUGAAUACGACGCUGAUGGCGAUCGCCAUCCGAAUGAAGUAGACAACUGCCCMACAGUAUCAAACAGUGACCAGAAGAACACAGACUCAGACAACGUAGGCGAUGCCUGUGACAACUGUAUAUUUGUCAAUAAUCCUGAUCAACGUGAUACCGACAAUGAUGGUGUGGGUGACGCAUGUGACGUAGACAUCGAUGGAGACGGGAUAGUCAAUGUACAGGAUAACUGCCCAACAAAACCAAAUCCUGACCAGAAAGAUUCUGAUGGCGAUAAAAUUGGCGAUGYCUGUGACAAUUGUCCCAAUGCGCGAAACCAUGAUCAGGCUGAUAGGGAUGGUGAUGGUUUUGGAGACAGAUGUGAUUACAACGAAGACAAGGAUAAGGACGGUAUCGAUGAUAAGCAUGACAACUGCCUUAACAAGCCAAACUCGGCCCAGUUGGAUACAGACGGCGAUGGACGAGGUGAUGCAUGUGACAGYGAUGAUGACAAUGACGGCAUUCCUGAUUACAGAGAUAAUUGUAGACUGAUAAAGAACGCUGACCAAAAAGAUUCUAAUCUUGAUGGCAUAGGAGAUGCAUGUCAAGGAGAUUAUGAUGGUGAUGGUACACCAGACAAGGAUGACAUAUGCCCUUAUAACAAAAAGAUUUAUAAAACGGACUUCAGUAAAUACUUCCCGGUACACAUUUUCCCUGGAAGUACUGAUAAAGAUCUUCCAGAAUGGAGAGCAACUAAAAAGGGAGAUGAAAUACUAGUAGGCAAAAAUAGUAAUGUUGGUCUUCUCAUCGCCGAACCAAUAUAUGAAGACGUGGAAUUCAAAGGCACAAUUUAUGUCAACCUAAACUAUCGAGAUGACGACUACUUCGGUUUUGUCUUUGGCUACCAAGACUUUAGAUCGUUCUAUCUCCUCUCUUGGAAGCAAGCUGACCAAAUUUACUGGUAUACUAAUCCAUUCUACGCCAGGGCAAAGAGAUGGCUAAGCCUAAAGAGAGUAAAGUCUAAAGAUGCACCUUCAAAGGCAUUACGGAAUGCGCUAUGGCACCACAAAAGUGUACCUGGACAGACCAAAGUUUUGUGGGAGCAAAAAAAUGGUCAAGCAUGGCARAACAAGAGAGCAUAUCGAUUUGAACUAAAUUAUACUCCUUCAAAUGGAUAUCUGAGGCUGAAAAUGUGGGAUGGUGUACGAGGACUCAUGGAUACUGGGAGGCUGAGAGAUGUUUCAAUUCGUGGAGGCAGACUUGGAUUCUACACMUUUUCACUGGCUAACAUCAUUUUUUCRGAUAUCUCAGUGCGAUGUCUGGACAAUGCAUAAUUUGAGAUGCCUGCAAUGGAGUCAUAUGAUAUUAGAUGCAAAUAGCUCUAGAAAAACAUCACCACUUGGCUUCCACAAUAGCUUGCUAUACCUACAGCAAGACAUCCAACGAAUUAAAUACAUGUAGGACUCCACAGCACAGUACAUGUACAAUGGACAACAGAAAUAUAUACAAAUUGCAAAAAUAUGUAUAUAAAAAGCUGCCAUAGAAGGAGAAAUUCAAGGAUUAUAAAGACCAAUGAAUCAAUAGAAAAAAAUGGAAAUAAAUGGAAAAGAGAGAGAUUCUUUAASAAAACCAAGUUUAAAACUCCAAGUGAUUGUUGAGGAAACAGCUGACAAUAAUUCAAGAAAAUGAAAAUUCAAAUGGAACUGUGCAUGUAUUACUAAUAGGACACAUCUAUUGGUUUUAGUUUUACCAAUAAAUAGUAAUUAUAAUUAAUAAUAUUUAUUCAAAAUGUAUACUCAUUUGCAAAUGACCAAGAGCUACCRAUCAGUUUUCAAUGUAAUGAUUGGCUAACUUUUUGUGCAUCUGCCUUCUUAAUACCAGAUGAAAUGCUGGCUAAACAACAUCUGUGUGUAAAAUGCUUUUGCAUAAAUGUAAAAACAUGUAAACCUUUUUUUUCAUGGCUGAAUGCAAAGUGACUAAUCUUGUGGGCUUGCAAUCACAUAUAAUUUCUAAAAAACAUAAAAUUUGUACAUAUGGUAGAAAAUUGAACCAAUGCUAUCUUCAGAGGAGUUUCUAUUAUUGCACUUUAAUGAGACUUUCAUACUUUGGUGGAGUGRCCAUGUACAAAAGAAAUGGUACCUUCAAAAAUACAUUCAAGUAGAUAUAAAAUGUGAAAUUGGAUUUUUUUUGGUUUUUGGAUAAUAGCUAAGUCUUUGAGUGGUGUUUUUCCAUCUAAUUUUGUGCGUUGCAGAGUCUCAGAUUGGAUUUUUGAAGUCUCACAGCCUUGAUUUUGAAUUCAAAAACCUUAAUCUCAUCAUUCUCGGAAAAUCUCCAAGGACCAAUCACCAUAAGGCAUGUGGUCUGAUUAUAUGAAUUUAUCGUUUCUUGGAACCUCAUCACCAUUUCUCUUGUACAUAGUCACACAACAAGAAUAUCAAAAGUGGGCAACUGCAUCAAGCAAAUUCCCAUGGAAAAUAUUUUGUUUCAUAAAUAAGAGAGAGAGCAAGUCUACAGAGAUGUUAGGGUGAAAUGCAAAUUAAAAAACUAUUUAUAAAAA